GGGGUAAGAGGGAGAAAAGGCAAUUUCUCUCUCGAGUUGGCAGUGAGUUUUCGGUGGCUACAUGUGGAUAAUCUGCCGGUCGUUGUUGCGACUCCGAGUGACUGAUCCAGCGUUAUUAUUUAUCUUAAAACGUGCACGACAAGUAACGAGCGUCUAAAAUGCAGAUGGAUCAGACGACGAUUCAGCUGAUACAGGUCUUAGAGAAAACUGUAUCACCAGACAAAAAUGAGUUGGAGGCUGCGAAAAACUUUUUGGAGCAAGCAGCUCUUGCGAACAUUCAUGAGUUCGUUCAACGUCUGUCAGGCGUGCUGGGCACGACAGCAGCGAGUACAGUGGCCCGCAUGGCCGCAGGUCUUCAACUAAAGAACCAACUGACCUCCAAAGAUCCAGCAGUAAAAGCCCAAUUCCAACAGCGAUGGCUGGCAAUUCCGGUAGAAACCCGGGAAUACAUCAAGAAGAAUAUCCUAGGAGCCUUGGGUACCGAGACUAAUCGUCCCAGCUCAGCAGCUCAGUGUGUCGCUUACGUUGCAGUGGCUGAGCUACCAGUUAACCAAUGGACAGAACUCAUUCCCCUCCUCGUCAGCAACAUAGCCGACCAAAACAGCACAGAAAUGAUGAAAGAAGCGACCCUAGAAACCAUUGGUUACAUCUGCCAAGAGAUUGAUAGCGAAGUCCUUGUCUCCCAAUCAAAUCAGAUCCUCACUGCCAUCAUCCACGGAAUGAAGGGCUCCAGCACCUCGAAUCACGUUAAAUUAGCAGCCACAAGGGCCCUCUACAAUUCCUUAGAAUUCACAAAAGGGAACUUUGAGAUUGAGUCAGAGAGAAAUUUCAUCAUGGAAGUUGUAUGUGAAACAACCCAAUCCACUAAUACACAGAUACGAGUGGCAGCGCUGCAGUGUCUUGUCAAAAUUAUGUCCCUUUACUAUCAAUUUAUGGAGCCCUACAUGGGGCCUGCACUCUUUCCAAUAACCCUAGAAGCUAUGAGGUCGGACAGUGAUGAAGUGGCUCUGCAGGGGAUCGAGUUCUGGUCAAAUGUAGCUGAUGAAGAGGUAGAUCUAUCGAUGGAAGAGGGUGAAGCUUGUGAGGGAGGGCGCCCUCCUUCGAAAGUAUCUCGUCAUUAUGCCAAAGGUGCACUUGUCUAUCUCGUGCCAGUUUUGAUUCAAAAACUUACGAAACAGGAGGAAUUCGAUGACGAGGACGAUUGGAAUCCAUCCAAGUCAGCUGGUGUAUGUUUGAUGUUAUUGGCAUCGUGCUGUGAAGAGAACAUAGUACCUCAUGUCUUGCCCUUCGUCAAGGAGAACAUUAAGAAUCCAGACUGGAGGUACAGGGACGCAGCUCUCAUGGCUUUUGGAUCAAUUCUAGGUGGACUAGAACCAGCGACCCUGAAACCACUUGUUGAGCAAGCCAUGCCGACAUUAAUCGAGUUAAUGUAUGACGUGAGUGUCGUGGUGAGAGAUACAGCGGCGUGGACCUUUGGUAGAAUCUGCGAGAUCAUUCCUGAGGCUGCGAUAAAUCCAACGUACUUGAAACCUCUAUUGGAAUCUCUUGCAAACGGUCUCAACGCAGAACCCAGAGUCGCAGCAAAUGUCUGCUGGGCUUUUACAGGUUUAGCUGAGGCUAGUUACGAGUCUGCUGAAGCUGGGGAUGAUCAGCAACCUGAAACGUACUGUAUGUCAGUGUUCUUUGAUUACAUUGUUCAGAGACUCUUAGAAACCACCGAUCGAGUUGAUGGAGCACAAGCGAACCUACGAUCAGCAGCUUACGAAGCACUCAUGGAGAUGGUGAAGAACUCACCCAAGGAUUGUUACGUCACUGUUCAAAAGACGACGAUGGUCAUCCUAGAGAGACUUCAGCAGGUUCUCCAGAUGGAGACUCACUUCCAAAAUCAUUCUGACAGAGCUCAGUACCAUGAUCUCCAAUCUCUCCUUUGCGCAACUCUCCAAUCAGUUUUGAGGAAAGUCACUCCUGAGGACGCUCCAAGAAUCUCUGAUGCUAUCAUGAAUGCUUUGUUGUCGAUGUUCAGUUCGAAUUCAGGAAAGGUUGGUGGUGUGCAAGAGGAUGCACUCAUGGCAGUGUCGACAUUGGUGGAGGGCCUUGGAGAUGGUUUUUUGAAGUAUAUGGACGCCUUUAAACCAUUUUUGUGUCUUGGGUUGAAGAAUCAUGCUGAGUAUCAGGUCUGUGGAGCUGCAGUCGGGCUUACUGGAGAUAUUUGUCGAGCUCUGAAGGGCAAGAUGUUGCCAUAUUGCGAUGAGAUCAUGAUGCUUUUGCUUGAAAAUCUAGGGAAUGAGUCUGUCCAUCGAUCUGUCAAGCCUCAGAUUCUCUCAGUGUUUGGAGAUGUUGCUCUGAGUAUCGGUCCUGAGUUUAAGAAGUACUUGGAUGUGGUACUCCAGACUUUGGCACAAGCAUCUCAGGCUAAUGUUGACAGAACUGAUUACGAUAUGAUUGAUUAUUUGAAUGAGUUGAGGGCGGGAGUUUUGGAGGCUUACACAGGGAUUAUUCAAGGGUUCAAAGGGGAGAAUGAAGUGCCAGGGGCUCCCAAUGCUGAUGUGACGCUAUUAGAGCCUCAUGUUCCAUUUGUUAUUCAGUUUAUCACGUCAAUUGCACAGGACAAGGAGCACUCGGAUGAGGCUAUGUCUGCUGCUAUUGGGCUGCUUGGGGAUCUCGUCGUGGCGUUUGGAGCCAAAAUUCUACCCAUGGUAGAAACGGAGCCUCUUACUGAGUUACUCACUAAGGGGAGGAGGGCCAGGGUCAAUAAGGCUAGGGCUCUGGCUACUUGGGCCACUAAGGAAAUUCGAAAGGCCAAGAAUACUGCUAACUCUACGUCAAGUUGAUCACCCCACGAAUGUACUCUCGUGCAAAUUGAUUUGACUAGAAACCUAUCGAACACAAUACAAAGACAACAAGAUUGGAUGGUGCGGAUGCGAGUAGAUGGAUGUGCGUGAGAUUUUCCCAGUAAAAAAGCGAGAGAGAAAGAGAGAGAGAGAAAGACAGGAAAACAUAGAAAAAUCAGAAAAAAAAAAUUGGAAAAAUGGAUGAUGAGGAUGAGGAAUACGAGGUGAUGAGAGAAAUGGUGAUUUAUUGAUGAUGAUGAUGAUGAGAUGAGUCUGCACGUUGUUCUCCCUCUGGGCCCUUCCCCCAAGAAGUGUGUGUUGCGUCAGAAACUGAAAUAAAUAAAUGCAUAAACAAUUUAAUGAGGGAGGAACUGUGGUCCACUGCUGAUUGGAUGGCCGACGACGGAUGAAGGAUACAAUUGAGAGUGCAAGUCGAUAAUGUUGCCAAAUAAGUGAAUGAGAAAAAGAGAAAGGAAAAUUAAUCGAAAAA